AUGAAAUUCCACCACCAAUUUCUUUCUAAUUUCCAACUUUUGUUCAUUUCCAUCAUCAUCCCUGCAGUGUUGCUUUCUUUUUCCCAUUUCACUUGGGCAGCUCCAAUUAGAGAAAAGGAAAGAGUGGCUCUUUUAAAGUGGAAGGCAAGUCUUGACAAUCAAACCCAAUCUCUUCUCUCAUCUUGGGCUCCAAACAGCAGCAGCAGCCCUUGCAAUUGGGUUGGGAUUGGUUGCAAAAAGGCGGGUAAUGGAAGUGUCACCCACAUACGCCUUCCAAGUGUUGGUUUAAGAGGUACACUUCACUCUCUCAACUUCUCAUGCUUCCCUCAUCUUCUCAGCAUUGAUCUUUCUAACAAUUCACUCCAAGGGAAUAUCCCCAAGCACAUCACUAGCCUCUCCAAGCUCACUUAUCUGGACUUGUCCCACAAUAAAUUCACUGGCUCUAUACCUACAGAGUUGAAUAAUCUCACCCAUUUGAAAAGCUUGCAAUUAGGUGAGAACAAGCUUACUGGUCAUUUACCACAUAACAUAUGCCGUGGUGGAUCACUUGCAAAUUUCAGUGCAUCUGGCAACAAUCUCACGGGUCCAAUCCCUAACAGCUUGAAGAGUUGCCCUAGCUUAUUCAGAGUUAGGCUUGAAAGAAACCAACUUUCUGGAAAUAUAUCAAAAGAUUUCGGCAUAUAUCCAAACUUGGAUUAUAUCGAUUUAAGUGAUAAUAAAUUGUACGGCGAGCUUUCUGGUAAAUGGGGCCAGUGCCACAAUCUAACAAGCCUAAGAGUGUCCAACAACAAUAUUUCUGGUGAGAUACCACCUGAAUUGGGAAAUGCAACUCAGCUACGUGUACUUGACAUCUCUUCAAACCGUCUAGUCGGAAAAAUCCCAAAGAGUUUAGGAAGGUUAACUUCAUUGAUAAAACUUGAUUUAAGCAACAACAGACUUUCAGGAAACAUUCCUUUGGAAAUUGGUGAACUGUUAGACUUGGGACGUCUUAAUUUGGCAGCAAAUAACCUAAGUGGCUCAAUUCCUGAAGUAUUGGGGGAGUUCGUGAAACUAUUAUACUUGAAUUUGAGCAGAAAUAUUCUUGAUGAAGAUAUUCCUUUUCGCCUAGGCAAUUUGCACUCCCUUGAAAAUCUUGAUGUCAGCCACAAUUUACUAAAAGGGAAUAUACCAAACCAGCUUGGACAAUUGCGAAGGUUAGAAGCAUUGAAUUUCUCCCACAACAAGCUCUCUGGUUCCAUCCCCUUCACUUUUGAUGGUAUGCCAAGUUUGACUUUUGUUGAUGUAUCAUACAAUCAGUUAGAGGGUCCUAUUCCGAAAAAUAAAGCAUUUCAAGAGGCUCCUUUUUAUGCAUUCAGAAAUAAUAAAGGUUUGUGCGGCAAUGCCACUGGUUUGAGGGCUUGUGCACCCACAAUGAACAAUGAGGCUAAUAAGGGGGAGAAUGGCAACAAACUUCCGAUUUUGAUUAUAGUUCCUCCUUUAGGCAUUUUGCUUCUUUCAUUUUUGGUUGUUGGGAUUUUCUAUCUACUUUACCUGAAAGUCGGCAGGGUAGAAAAUGAGCCAAGAAGAGCAAAUUACACUCAGAAUAAUUUGCUUUCAAUAUGGAGUUAUGAUGGGAAAAUGGUAUAUGAGAACGUCAUUGAAGCGACAGAGGACUUCAGCUCUGAUCAUUGCAUUGGGGUGGGAGGAUCAGCAAGUGUUUAUAAAGCUCAGUUGCCAGGUGGUCAAAAAGUUGCUGUGAAGAAAUUUCAUGCCCUGGAAGAUGAUGAUAACCAGGCUAAUGAAAAUAGUUUUACAAGUGAAAUUCGAACAUUAACAGAAAUACGCCAUCGGAAUAUUGUGAAGCUUUAUGGUUUUUGUGCACACCCACGACACUCAUUUUUGGUUUACGAGUUCUUGGAAGGGGGGAGUUUGCAGAAGAUCUUGAGCAGUGACCCACAAGCCUCAGAGUGCGGUUGGAUUAGGAGAGUAAAUGUGGUUAAAGAUGUGGCAGAUGCUUUGUGUUACAUGCAUCAUGAUUGUUUGCCUCCUAUAGUCCAUCGAGACAUAUCAAGCAAGAAUGUGUUGUUAGAUUCUGAAUAUGUGGCUCACAUCUCUGACUUCGGCACUGCUAGGCUUCUAAAUCCGAACACUUCAAAUUGGACUUCGUUCGCGGGGACCUUUGGGUAUGCUGCUCCAGAGCUCGCUUAUACAAUGGAAGUGAAUGAGAAAUGCGAUGUUUAUAGCUUUGGAGUGCUGAUACUAGAAGUGAUCACGGGAAAGCAUCCAGGCAAGCUCAUCUCCUCUCUAUCAUCAUCAUCAUCGCCACCGACAUUGCUUGUCCGAGAUAUACUCUUGAGGAAUGUGUUGGAUCAACGACUUUCACCCCCAGCGGAACAAGUGGCAGAGGAAUUAGUAUUUAUCACCAAGCUAGCUUUUGCAUGCUUGCAUGUCAAUCCCCAAUCUCGGCCAACAAUGGGAAACGUCUCCAAAGAGUUAUCAAAACGAAGGCCAACUCUACAAAUUCCAUUCCACAUGAUUACAAUAGGACACUGCUUGUUAUCGGAUCUUUAG